UGCUGACGAUGUUGCUCGACAGCACGCGAUGGUCGAGUUUCUCGGGACAUUUCCCACGCUUUCCGGUUCACCCCCUGAGCAGCUCUCCGAUCUGAGUGAUGGAGUUGCUUUGUUUGAAGUUCUUUCCGAAAUGUGAGUUUUUGGUAAUUUAUCAUUGUUUUAGAAUUGCAGAACUUUUGAUUCGGUUUGCUUUCUUCUCAGUAUAUAUACUCUAACAGGAUGUCUUCAACUGUGUUAACGAAGUGCUCCGAAUCACUUCGAUCCAACCACGAUUGCUCGCCACCUAGGGGAUAAUUGGGCUCUCAAAUCAUCGAACCUGCGAAAACUCAUUCGUAAUUUAGAGUAUUACUGCCACGAAGAUCUUCAAAAGGAUGCAGCAGAAUCCUUUCAGAAGAUAUCAUCCAACGUUGGUAAGAUAUCUCGCACUGGAGAUGCGGACGCUAUUGAAACCUUAGUCGAACUCGUUGCUGCAGUGGCGGUAACCUGUCCUCAAAAAUCUGAAGUUGUCGGUCGAAUUAUGAGUAUGUCCAGCGAGUCACAAAUUCAAAUGAAAGGAAUCAUUGAGUCGAGUUUAGAGCUUUUGGAGGAUUAUGUUAUCGAAGAAAACGACGAUUUUAAUGUCGAAGAUGAUCCGGAAAUGAUUUUUUCUGAAGAGGCAGGCGAGUUUGGCGUUCAUGAAACUGGGAAGGCCAAUCAUGAGGCGUCAUUAUUUCAUGCCAAUCAUCUCAAACAGUCCAGUGAUGCUGAUCCUGGAGAAUUGGAGCAAGCUCUCGCCGAGGCGAAACGUGAGUUGGCAGCACAAAAGUCGGUGAUGACUGAUAUCAGAGAAGAUGCUGACAAGGCCCAAUCCAAGCUUCGUGCUUUGGUGGAAGAUCUUCAGGAUCGUCUAGCGAAGCGUCAAGACGAACUCAUCACUUCAGAAGAAGAACUAAGAGAUGCGACGAAUGUUCUUGACGACCUUAAAUCUAGAGUUGGUGAGUUGGAAGAAGAGAAAGCGCAGCUGGCUGACGAGCUCGACCUGGCCUCGGCAAAGGCAAAUCAAUUGCACAAAGCCGAGGCAACAGUCAUGGCUUACAAGAAAAAGUUAGAAGGAGUAGGUGUUAUGAAUCAACAAAUGACCGAUUUGGAAGAUCAGGCUGCUGGGUAUCUACGGCAAAUUAUGGACUUAGAGGGCGAAGUGAAAAAGACUGCCACUUUGCAGAGACAAGUCGACUCCCUCCAAAAGAGAUUGGGAGAUCUCGAAAAACAAAAAAACGAUAGCGUCGAUUCUCUGAAAAGUUCUACAACUGAAAUUUCUGAACUGAAAGACACACUUGCGGAAGCUGAAAAGGCGAAGAAGUUGUACAUGGACGAACUAAAGGAAUUGAGAGCUCAACAAGCCGCCGAUAGUGAAGAUGUUGAUAUUGUAGGAUUUGAAACUCCAGCACAAGUCUCAUCAACUGCGCAGAGAGAAAGGACAAUGCGUUUGGAAAUUGAGAAUACGAAGUUGAAGUCAGAAGUAGAAAACUUGAAGAAAGCUUCAUCAUCUGGGGAGCCAGUCACGACAGUCUCGAAUGCGGAGGUCGAAAAUUUGCACAAUCAAAUCAACGCACUGAAAGAACAGCUUGAAAAGAAAARUGCUGAGAAUAAGAAAAUUGUGAGUGAUAAGGAUAAACUUGAGGCAUACACAAAAAGAACUCUUGCAAAGUUCCAAGACAAGUAUUUGGUUGCUCUUCAAGAAUGCAAGGCAAAAUUAAAAGAAAAGCAAGAUAAAAUCGAAGUUUUGGAAAGUAGGAGUGCUACGGAGAAAAGUGCCCAAAAGAGAGAGGAGCGUCUUCUGUCYUCUACAAUCUUUGAGCUUGGACUUUCUAUCAUGCAAAACAGAUUGAAAGAUAGGUAAUUAUCAAUUGUAUGACAUACCUAAAUGAACACGAGUAAAUUAGAUUCCUAGGA